UCCUUAACCAGUUAUAGUCCCGACAUUUAAAGUCCCUACUUUCAUCUCCGCAUUCCUGCCUCUCUUUCUCUCGCUGCCUCUGAACACGCCUUCCCCCUCUGCUCUUCCUUUGUCUUCGGUCAAUAGUAACAUAGCUUCCGCCGGCACCCUGGUAACCAACACCACUGGAAGUGGUCGUCGUUAACCUGGGCCCGACCGAUCCGGUAUGGAAAUCUCAUAAUUGAUGAUCAUCAUGUUUGAUUUGGCAAAGGUUUUACGCCGGAUGCCCUUCCCGACCGAAGAUGGGGGUGCAAUUUGUGACGGGGAACACCGGCACUGGGAGUACUCUGGCUUGUGGCCCCCUCGUGGCUGUGUUGAUUGGACGCUGUGCAGCGUGUGUGCUACAGCGAGUGUUACGCAACAAGCAGACUUCUGGGAGAUCCGGAUCCAGCCCAAGUGUAAUACUAAUCAUCAGGAUGGAGAUGCAACCUCGGCCAAAACUAUAUGACUUCCAUGGAGUCUCCAUGACCAAGAUUUUCACUGACAACUGGGAUAACAUACAGAACUUCAAAGCAAGACCAGAUGAUAUUGUCAUUGCUACUUACCCUAAAGCAGGAACCACGUGGGUCUCUUACAUGCUAGAUCUUCUGUAUUUUGGGCACAUGGGUCCAGACCGUCAGACAUCCCUCCCUCUUCAUGAACGAGUGCCCUUCCUGGAGCUCUGCGUACCACCUAUGCUUAUAGGUGCAGAAAUGGCGGACAAACUUCCCACCACUCCUCGUCUCAUUAAGAGUCAUCUACCAGUCCAGUUUAUGCCCAAGUCGUUCUGGGAGCAGGGCAGCAGGAUAGUAUAUGUGGCCCGCAAUCCAAAGGACAAUGCAGUGUCCUUUUACCACUUUAAUCGGAUGAACAAUGCUCAGCCAGAAGCAGGAGAAUGGAGCACCUUUCUGCAGGAUUUCAUGGAAGGAAAGAGGGUUUUCGGAUCAUGGUAUGACCAUGUGAACAGCUGGUGGGAGAAGAAACAAAGUUAUUCAAAUCUUCACUACAUGUUCUAUGAAGAUUUGAUUGAGGACUGUGGACAGGAAAUAGACCGACUGUGUUCCUUCCUUGGUAUUUCUGCUUCAGCUGAAGAGAAGGAAAGAGUCAUAACCAGUGUGACGUUUGACAGCAUGAAGCAAAACAAGAUGACCAACUAUUCCACAGUUCCAGUGAUGAACCAAGAGGUUUCUCCUUUCAUGAGAAAAGGGAAAGUUGGUGACUGGAAGAACCACUUCACUGUGGCCCAGAAUGAGCAGUUUGAUGAAGACUACAAGAAGAAGAUGAAGUAUCCUGAUUUAAAGUUUCGCUUUGAAAUUUAGAGUCCUGGCUGGGUGUAAUAUAGUCCUCAGAAGUAAUAUGUGAUUAAAUAUUUAACAAAUAAUCAAAUUAUAAGUUAAAAAAAACACAAUUUCCUUAUAUUGUGAUGCUGAUGUGUACAAAUCAGAUCAUUAAAACAAAUCUUUAUUAAGAAUCUCUCUCUCUCUCUCUCUCUCUCUCUCUCUCUCUCUCUCUCUCUCUCUCUCUAAACACACUGUGACCUCUUUGCUCAUAAGCAGAAAUUUUGUCCUUAGACGUAGCUAUGGUAUAAGAGUCCCGUGACACAGCAGGUUUCAGACUGUAACCUUUUAAUUUUCUCACCACACCGUCCCACCACGGUGAGGCAGAUUACCUUUCUCUCGAUGUUAAACCACGUGUUUAAUUUGAUUCUUUGACUCUAUGAGUUUCCAGUGAUGUGACCCCUUAUUUUCUUUAUGUUUCGCUUCCAAGCAGCCAGACCAUCUUGUAAUUUUGAAGAGAUCUUGAGCAGUAGUUCUGUUGUCUUUCUGGAAGUAUUUUAUUGGACAUCAGCUACUGAGGAAUGUGUUUGUGUGUUUUUGAAUUAUUCAAGUAUUAAAAAGCCAUCUAACUCAAGGGAUAAACCAGUCUUUUGUGUACAGAUAACUUAUUAAAGAACCGAUUAGAAAUUGUA